AUGUCGGCCUACGAGUAUCCGAGGUUCUCUCGUUCCGACAUUAUCACGGUGCUCACCGAGGCUCAGAUCGCUACCGUUACGGAUUCCGAUCUCAAAAACCCUACUCCCGACUUAGUCUCCGAGCUAUACACCAGACUUCUUAUCUACCUCGACGUCCUCAACGAAGAAGAUAAAGGGCAAGUUGAUUUUGAGGCUCUGGAGCAAUUGGAGAAUCCAGAUCUUCAUGCCACUUCAGUUCAGGCUAUGAAUCUUUAUAGCAAAGUGAAAGAUAUGUUAGAUAUGGUGGACUGUCCGUUAAAGUUUACUUUCAAGGAUCUGUUACGGCCAGAACCAUCCCGCACCGAGUUUUUCUUCAGCGCACUUUUGAAUUACGGUCUACACAAACGUUCAAAAAUGGAUCUGAUAAGUACAAAGGUAGAAGAGUUGAAUUUCCUUGAUGACCAGCGGAAGCAGUGGGAGGCGAAAAUUUCACAGUUGAAUGCAGAGAUUGCAGAAUUUGAUGAAGCCUGUGAAAGGAAUUUACCUUUUGUCCAAGAGCUAGAGGCAAAUAUCGAAGAACUCAGUCAGAAAAUAUCAGGACUGAAUAAUCAGCAGGCGUCACUGCUCGUAACCUACAAGAAAAUGAAAGACAAGAGGAUGCAAAUGGAUAACGAGAUUUCCAAAGCAGAGUUUGACCUUGUGCAAACUGUUCAAGAAAAUGCAAACCUCCGCUCCCAAAUUGUUCAAUCUCCAGACAAAUUGCAGGGAUCCCUAGAAGAGAAGAAACUAGUGCUCGGGGAGACAAAGAAAGCUGAACAAGCAGCAAUGGAAACUUUCCAGGAAAAGGCUGCCAUUCUUGAGGUUUAUGAAAAGGCAUUCAAGAAAAUGUCAAAGUCAUCUUCGCAACUGCAGUUAAUUAACGAACAGGUAGCCAAUACGAAAUCAAUUGAGAAAGAUUUCAAAGCUCUGAAAGCUAAGCUGAGUGAGGAUGGGGCAGCGUACAAAUCACUUGAGGCGAAAGUGGUUGAGCGGGAAAGAGUAGCGGAACAGUUGCGCGAAUCAUUGAAGCAGUUAGAGAAAGAAAAAAUAGUCAUGAUUGAUGGUUGGAAGAAACAAUUGAAUGAAUUGAAACUUGAAGUUGAAUCUAAAAGACGUCAUCUUGAAGCCAGGCAAACAGAUGUUGAAUCAGUAGUAGCUAUGGUUGAUGCCAAUACUUCCAAGACUAACCAGGUGAAACAGUCAGGAGAAGUUAAAGUGAAACAAUUAGCUGCUAAAUAUGAAGAGAUCGUGCAGCAGUUUCACGAAUACACUGUGUCGUUUGGAGAGAUUCUGCCAAGCUUCUAA